UAUUAUUUUACAACCUUCCUCUUGAUACACUAGCAAAUUAGUACAUUGUCCUCUAUUUUGCUGGGAUUGUUCCGGUUUCACAUUCGUUCGAUUUAUUAAUCAAUGGAGAUGUUGUACAAUCAAACUAUACUGUAAAUAUGUCAGAGGUUGGUGCUCUAUACUGUACGAGGAAAGGGAUCAAGAGCUUGAACAUCACACUAAAGAGUAUCACUUACUACCCUCAAAUCCAUGCAAUUGAGGUGUAUGAGAUAGUUGAUAUUCCUUUGGAAGCUUCAUCAACCACAGUUUCAGCACUUCAGGUUAUUCAGCAGUUUACUGGUUUAGAUCUGGGGUGGCAAGACGAUCCGUGCUCCCCUACUGAAUGGGAUCAUAUUGGUUGUGAAGGAAGCCUUGUUACAUCAUUGGAACUUUCAGACAUCAACCUUAGGACAAUUAGUCCUACUUUUGGUGACUUGUUGUAUCUCAAAACUCUGUAAACUCCUUUAACCUCGGAGAAAUGCCUUAAAUUAACAUUUGGUUUGGUCAGAUACUUU